UCCCCAGUCUUGCAUGCCGUUAAGAUGUGCCUUUAUUUGUAUUGCAGGUUCCAAAUUUGCAGUUUUCUAAAUGUUUUUGCAGAUUCCUCCAUUAGCUAUAUCCAAUAAGUUUAAAGAUCUACUGGAUCUAUAGAAAUAACCACAAGGCAGAUGCGAACGAGGAAUUUGACGUCAGUGAGUUAGUGUGAACUUUAAACAGCACGAGCCUGAGAGCGAAAGUGCAGCGCUCACGCGGGUUUCCUUUGCUGGGGGUAAAGCCGGGAGCCCAACUCUCUUAUAAUCUUAUUAUUAUCUUAUUAUUAUUAUCCUAUCGAACACGCAUGACACCAGGCGGACGCGGCUGAAAAAGAAACGGGGAAACUUCUAAAGCUUCUGUUCUUCUUGCUGUGGCACACGUGAGCUCCGGGAUUUUGCGUUAAAUUAGGUCUUCAUGGCGAUUUUAAAGAAAACUGAAUAAAUGCAAGGCGAGGGCUGCCAAUUCCAGACGUUAACGGGGCGCUAUGAACUGGGACAAGAUAAACGGGGCUCGGGCUCGUCUAAGAAACAUCGCUCCUAAUUUUCUGAAAAACACAAGAAGGCAAGAGCAGGCAUCUCAGUCGGGUCUACAGGCACCCACAGCCAAGCCGGACGACCCCUUGGAGAGGUCUGCUCCUGAGACAUACUUUCAGAGUGGGCAUUUCUUUGAGUACUUGGUGGUGGUGAGCCUCCGGAAGAGUGGGGGGUGUGCCUACAGCCCAGAGAUCACCUACCAGUUCCCCAAGUGUGAUGGCCUGGUGAAGCUCCAGAAGGAGGAAGAGGAGAAGACUCUGAAGGCCAUCACCCUGUUCUGCUUCCCCGAAGGGGUCCAGUGGGCACCGCUGACAGAAUACCACAGUGAGACCUUCUCCUUUGUUCUAACGGAGCUGGAUGGCAGCAGGAGAAAUGGAUACUGUCGCAGGCUGCUGCCCAAUGGCAAAGGUGCCCGUCCCCCGGAAGCCUAUUGCAUCAUCAGCCGUUUGGCCUGUUUUGGACUCUUCUCAAAGAUCUUUGACGAGGUGGAGAAGCGACGGCAGAAAUCCAUGGCGAUGAUCUAUCCAUUCAUGCAGAGCUUGCGGGAAGCACAAUUUCCAGCACCGGGGCAGACAGUGAGAAUCAAGAGCUUCAUCCCUGAGUCUGGCACAGAGGAGAUCGCACUGACGCGGCCUCUGGACUCAUGGCUGGAACAUGUGGACUUCCGCAUAUUGUUCCGCUGCCUGAGUGAUGAGCAGGUCCUGCUGGUGUUUGCCGCCACCGUAAUGGAGAGACGCAUCAUCUUUGUGGCAGAGGAGCUCAGCACGCUGUCCCAGGUGAUCCAUGCUGUAGCGGCCCUGCUGUACCCCUUCAGCUGGCAGCACACCUUCAUCUCCAUCGUCCCAGAGAUCCUCAUCGACGUCGUCAUGGCCCCCACGCCCUACCUGCUUGGUGUGCAGAAGCGCUUGCUGGAUCUCAUCUCAGACCAAAACGACCUGCUGCUUGUGGACUUAUCCGAGGGAUCUCCAGAGACCAUCACAUCCAGCAGCAAGGACGAGCAGGACAUCCUACCUCCAAAGCUACGGGAUGAGAUUAUGGAGGCCUUAAGCCAUAGGAGGAAUGACUCGACGCUGGAGGAGCUGAAUGGCGUGGUGUCCAGUGCCUUCCUGCUCUUUUUCGUGAAGACGGUCGGCCACUUCGGCAAGUUCAUCAGGCGUCCCAGGAACGGCCAGCCGGCGACCUUUGACAGGCGGGGCUUCUGCAGGGCGGCAGAUUCCCGCAGCAUCCGCACAUUCGUCGAAAAGUUUGUCAAGACGCAGAUGUUCGACUUGUUCAUCCAAGACACGGAGCGGCAGCCAGCCUCACAGGAAGGUUAGAGUCCCCGUUCAAGGAUCCGAUUCACAUCCCCCACCUCUUCAGCAGAUAUUCCAUGCUUGCUGACCAUGUUCAGGCAAGAGACUCGGGGCCUUCUUGAUAAAUCUGCCUCCCCCUUUUUCAGCUGGCAGACGGGUGGAAAACAGAGGGUAAAUAGGAAGGGCUUUACUUGUCACUGUCAUGUCAACACCAGAUACCAAAGUAAACGUCAUUUUAAUGUCGACUUCUGAAGCCUGUUUGACAGCAAUCAAAGGGCCAUAGUUGAUUUUUGCUGGCAAAUUAUUCUUUGAGUGUGCUUCAACCAGGGUUCGUACACAUUUUUACCAUUACAUUUCCAUGACUUUUCCAUGACUUUUCCAUGACUUAAAGGUAAAUAUUCAUGACUUAAUAAACAGUAGUUCUGAGGCACUCACAAGGAAUAUAAGUUUUAAAAGCCUUUAUUUAAACUUGGUUAUCCAUUAAAAACAUGCCAACAUGUUUCAGCCUCUGUGGCCUU